AUGUCCGCGUCCUGCCUGGAUCUGAUUUCAGCACCACCGCAGCCGGACAGCGACCGCAUGGACCGAGCGCUAAAUCCCGGCCGCCAGAACUCGCCAGAUACCGCCGGGGAACUCACGCUGCUACACACCGCGCCCGGGGGGCUCGGCAUGGCUCUGGAGGAGGAGUUGGCCAUGCUGACCGGGGACCGGGAGGACGAACUGCAGGAAUCCGCCCCGGAGACACCUGUGAGCGCGCAGGACUCUGACCUACUGUCGCUCUUCCGGCAGAAAGAGAAGGACUUGGUGCUCGCUGCUAAACUGGGCAAAGCUCUACUUGAAAGAAACCAAGACCUCACUAAGCAAUAUGACAAAAUGACCAAGGAUUUAAACGACAGACUGGAGCUGCUGGAGCAGGAGAAGCACGAGCUGCGGCGGCGUCUGGAGAGCCGUGAGGGCGAGUGGGAGGGCCGCGUGGCUGAGCUGGAGACAGAUGUGCAGCACCUGCAGGGGGAGCUGGAGAGGCAUCAGCUGCAGCUGCGGGACGCCGACCGGGAAAAGAGCCGAGCCAUCAGUGAACUUUCAGAACAGAACCACCGCCUGCUGGAGCAGCUCAGCAGGGCCGCCGAGGUGGAGAAACAGCUGUCAACUCAGGUUCAUUCAUUACGGGACGAUUUCAAAGAGAAAAGCAUCUCCAGCAACCAGCACAUGACGCGCCUGGAGACGCUGCAGGCCGAGAUCCGGAUGCUGUCGGAACGUAAGCAGGAUCUGGAGCGGAGGGUCUGUUCUGUUCUGGAGGAAAAUCAGCAGCUGCAGAACACCGUGGAGGAGCUGAGAGAGAGGACGCUGGAGCUGGAGAAACACUGCCACCAUAAAGACCUGCAGCUGCGUCAGUGUCAGCUGGAGCUGCAGGAGGUGCGUGUGUCUCACCGGCAGCUGAGCUCUCGACUGGACGAGCUGACGGAGGAGCAUAGUCUACAGGCCUUCAGUCCCAGCACACACAACCUGCUCUGCGAGAUCGAGCAAAGCAUGGAGCAGGAGGAGCUCGAGCAGGAGAGAGAGCAGCUCCGUCUGCAGUUAUGGGAGGCCUACUGUCAGGUGCGCUCCAUCUGCUCUCAGCUCAGAGGAAAUGACAUCACAGACUCCGCCUUAUCCACCGACUCGUCCAUGGAUGAGUCUUCAGAGACGCUGUCGGCUAAGGACGUCCCAACAGGCAGUUUACACGCAAGUCUUCUGGAGCUGCGCAGACUUACACAAAACCUGCUGGACGGCAAUGAAUCAACGGGAUCGCGGCGCAGCGAUGAGGAGGUUUUAGAAGAGCAGGUCCGUAAACUGAGCGAGGAGCUGCGAGAUCUCAGAGAACUGUAUGAACAGGAGCAGGAGAAAACACACAGCAGCCAGGAGGAGGCGCUACAGCUACAUAAUCAGGUGGCGCUGCUCUCGGUGGAGGUUUCUUCUUCAAGAGAAGAGAACGAGCGGUUGAGAGCAAUGACAGAAGUACACGAACCCAACGAACAGUUGCAGAGUGCUAUACGAGACAGAGAUGAAGCCAUUGCCAAGAAGAAAGCGGUGGAGAUGGAGCUGGCCAAGUGUAAGAUCGACAUCAUGUCUUUGAACAGUCAGCUGCUGGACGCCAUACAGCAGAAACUCAACCUGUCUCAGCAGUUAGAAGCCUGGCAGGAUGACAUGCACAGAGUAAUCGAUCAGCAGCUGAUGGACAAACACCAGGAGGAGUGGAAGGAUCCUCCGUUCUCCUUCAGCAGACGAGGAGCCGCUGCUUCCAGACCAACACAGCGCCUGGCAGAUCGAGACAAGCCACUCUUUUCAUUCUUCAAGAAGAACUGAGAUCAGGAGGAGAGAG